AUGCCAGCAUACCAUUCUACAUUUCUUGGAGAAGACACCAACGAACGAGUGGUGGGGAAUUUGUGUCUUUUGCCCUUCCAUACAAAGUUUAGAGGCCCAGUUUACCCUCCAACGCAAGACUAUGAUAUCAUUGACGAGACCUUGGAUUUAUUCCGUGCCAAUUCCUUCUUUAAGAACUUUGAAAUAAAGGGUAAUGCCGAUAGAGUGUUGAUCUAUGGGAUUCUCUUUGUUAGUGAAUGUGUAAGCAAAUUGAAUCUGUCAACCAAUUUCCGAGAAGCUCAAAGGCAGCUUUCCAAUUUGGCUUUGGAUGGUUUCAAGUUACCUGGAGAUAUCGGAUUCCCAUUGAAUAACUUGUAUUUGCCGCCUCUGACCAAAAACGACUAUGAGUUGUUGAGGACUUAUUUACAGCAGUUUAGACAAGAGACUGCUGAUCGUUUGUUAAAGAGAAUCUAUGCAGAUGACACCAACGGUGGUCCUUCAAAAUAUUGGUUAGCAUUCACAAAGAGAAGGUUUAUGAACAAGAGCUUGUGA